UUUACUUUUGUUUGGCAUAACCAAAUGUAAAAAAAAAGGAAAAACAUAAUGUAGGAAGAUACAUUGUUCAAGAGUGAAUCAUAAUUGUCUAACACCAUGGCAGCUAAAUAAAGCUACUGACAAAUUUGAAGUAGUGUAUGCUAAAUAAGUCACAAAUACAAAUGCAUAAUUAUGAUUUGAUGUCAUGAUAAAAUGGUAAAAUUGUCCCAGUUAUUUCUGGAACCAGUUUAGAAAGAAGAAUGAUUUCACUUUCCAAAAGUUAGUGAAAGUGGCAAUUUUCCUUUGUUAGAUAACAUCUCAUGUGUCUCUUUGUAAAAUGAGGGAGAUGCAGAAAUGUUGGGGGGGUUUUCAACCUAAUUGAGACAGAUGGAAAAUGAGAACGGCUAGCUGGCCUCAGGCUGCGUCACUCUGGAUCCCUCAAUUGUCGGAACGGCUCUAUUUCCACAGCCCCGACAACUCGUCCUGCUGUGUUUACUCGCUGUGGAAAUGUAUGAGUGAGAAAAGAAAUAAAAUCAAUUUGUCGGAGAUGAAGCAUAAUCCCAUUCAAGUCAAUUCGGAGCAUCAGUCAGUAUAUGCAUGUCGUUGUAUGGCGCUGCUCUGUCUUAUUCUCAGUUGAAACACUCUGUGGAGGUGAAGGGGCGGAGAGAGCACCUUCACCUGCACCACUGAGGAUCAGUCAGCACAGGUGAGAGCUGUUAGCUGAUUGAUCCUCAGACUUUAAAAGGAGGGAACGCUCUGAGAACACUGGGAAAAGGACACUCAGGGGAACGCACUAGAGACACACUGGGAGAGAGACUUGGAAAAGCUGAAGGUCCAGCAGAUAGUGCUGGACCAUUUAAGUUACAUGUUUUGUAUGUUCUGUUGGGAUGCAAUAAAAGAUGAUGCUGAACAAGCAAUGGUUGGACUGGUUUGUCUCUGGCUGUCCUGAGGGGAACCCGGUGGCGUGGUCGAAUGCCACACUGGCGCCUGAACAGGGACCUCACACAGCCAGAGACACGGACUGGGUACAAUCGCUGGGGAAGGAGACGGAGGAGAUCCUGAGGCAGACGCAGGAGAACCUGAGGCAGACGGAGGAGAUCCUGAGGCAGACGAAGAGGAUGAGGCUUGGGCGUCUCACCUGUGGCGCCGAGCUGGAGGGGGCGGGGAGCGCUGGUCCCCGAUCGGCGGUGAAGCCGAUGGGUCCGGCUCCAGGGUCAGCGGGGAAGCUGACGCCUCCGGUUCCAGCGCUGAGGUCGGCGGGGAAGCCGAGAUCUCCGGUUCCGGUGCCGCGGUCGGCGGGGAAGCCGACACCUCCCGGGGCGACUCCUCUUCCUGCUCCCGGGUCAGCGGRGAAGCUGACGCCUCCGGUCCCGGUGCCGAGGUCGGCGGGGAAGCCGACACCUCCGGGUCCUGCUCCUCUUUCUGCGCCCCGGUCAGCGGAGAAGCUGACGCCUCCGGUCCCGGUGCCGAGGUCGGCGGGGUCUCCCGUGCGGCGGCGCCCACCUGCUCCGGGGUCCAAGGUGCCCGUGCGGCGGCGCCCACCUGCUCCGGGGUCCAAGGUGCCCGUGCGGCGGCGCCCACCUGCUCCGGGGUCCAAGGUGCCCGUGCGGCGGCGCCCACCUGCUCCGGGGUCCAAGGUGCCCGUGCGGCGGCGCCCACCUGCUCCGGGGUCCAAGGUGCCCGUGCGGCGGCGCCCGUCCUCCAGGCCGUCUGAGAGACGCCGCGUCCCGCGACGCCCACCUGCUCCACCCCCGGAGCGCCUUAGUCGAUGGGCUGGGUUCCUCCCCUGGCCGGAUGGAAGGAGGGGGGGGGGGAGUAGUUCAGGCCGGAUAGCUCCCGGGCCUGAGAUUGACGGUGGGGGUAUGUGGAGGUGAAGGGGCGGAGAGAGCACCUUCACCUGCACCACAGAGGAUCAGUCAGCACAGGUGAGAGCUGUUAGCUGAUUGAUCCUCAGACUUUAAAAGGAGGCAGCAGAGCUGCCUCGGAGGAACGCACAGGACGGGGAACGCUCUGAGAACACUGGGAAAAGGACACUCAGGGGAACGCACUAGAGACACACUGGGAGAGAGACUUGGAAAAGCUGAAGGUCCAGCAGAAAGUGCUGGACCAUUUAAGUUACAUGUUCUGUUGGGAUGCAAUAAAAGAUUAUGCUGAACAAGCAA